AUGAGAAUGAUGAACCAGCGAGCGAAACUGAGCGAAUGUCGCUCCAACUCUCACGACACCCUGCGCGGAGGCAUGCCCUCCCCGCGCAUCGCACAUUUUGACGGCGAAGUCCCGCCGGCACUGUCGCCUCUCGAUGCCUUUGCGGCUCAGGGUCGAUUCCUGGCGCGACAGUUGGAUGAAUCCCGACUAGGCGAACGGCGAAUGAGUCGUCUACCUCCUUCCAGCGUUGCUCGGUCGCUGUCCCGCCCCCGACCAGGCUACUUUCGCUCCGCGAAUAGCGACUCCAAUUCCGAGAACCUGACGCGCCGACCGACCCAGAAAGGCCUUCCAGAGGUGGAGGAGCCGAAGUAUCGCCCAAUAUCGGAACAUCCUCGAUUCAGCUCGAUCUCGCAUGCCAGCAGUAAUGCGGCGAGCUUUUACGAAGACGACGAGACCACUCCUAGGACAACAUUGAUCCAAGACGACCCCAGCGAGUGGGGAAUACCUCGUUCGGAAUCCCCCGACGAAGACCCAGUCCUCGCAGAUGAAAGGGAAGGUGAUUCAGUGGGAGUGGUUUUGGAAGAUCCAUCGCGUCAGUCGUCGAUGGACUCCGUUACCAGCAGACUUCAUAUCCCUCGAACUCUGGCCCCACCAGUUUCGCCGCAUUCACGACCUUCGAGCAGCGCCCGAGUGAAUCAAGUGGAGAGCUCUGACGAUGAUUACAGUAGUUCCAAUGCAGGUUCGACAUUCUCCAAGCCACGGAAAUUGUCAUCCGGGAGUGCUGUAUCGCUUCCAUACUCACCUAUGUCGACCUUUCCAGUUAGGCCACAUCCUCGUUCGCCUUCAAUCAGCUCGGAAACGUCGACGGGCACCGGCUACCUAGCGCGACCCUCCUUCAAUUUCUCCCGGCCUCUCAGUCGGUCCAGCACCAGUCUCUCGGCACCAGGAGCCCCAGAGCCAACUACCGCUCCAGCCCCGACUCCCCAGCGGCAUCAAUCUAACCACAUGCAUCGUCCGAGCAAGCCUACCCCAAUUCUGGUCCCCCUGGCCACUGACCAAGCUGCCACGCAACCAGUCGAUGGCGAGCCAUCCUCAGCGGUCUCGUCAUUUGUGUACGCCAAGUAUGCACUCCCGCGUGGACGUGAGCCUUCCAGAGAUUCUGUGAUCUUUGCAGGCCUACAAACUCCACACUUUGAGUGGAAUGAGCCUCUUUUGAGAAUUCUCCCCCGCGAGAGUCUGUUGAAGUACCUCGCCGAACCUGCACUCCACCACCGACCAAACACCAUCCAAUGGAUCAUUCACCCAAGCCACAUUCGAUCUUCUUCGCCACGGCCAUCAACUUCCUCUUCAAAGCCGCCGACCUCACCAAUGCCCUCUGCACCGACACUGGCUACACCUGAGAAACCUAGACCUUCCACGGAAUCUACCCGGUCUAAUCACAAGACCAAUGAUAAGAUCGAGACGGCCUCCUCGGCUGGUUCUGCGAGCACCCUACGUCCGCAGACUGCCGUGACUCAGGCAUCAUCGACUUCCAUGUCUGCCGACGAUCAUGUCAGUAAGGGCAUUGAGCUGCACGAAAGUGGGUCCUUGAACGAAUCGACCUAUCACCUGCGGAUCGCUGCGAAGCAGAAUCACCCCACUGGAAUGUUGCUAUAUGCACUUGCCUGUCGUCACGGAUGGGGUAUGCGUUCAAAUCAAAAAGAAGGUGUGCGAUGGCUACGCAAGGCUGUGGAUUCAGUAGGGUUGGAAAUGCUGGAAAACCCUGAUGCCCCUGGCGCUUCCAAGGCAAAGGAGUUGCAGAAGGCCUACCGUGCCCAAUUCGCUCUCAGCAUCUACGAGCUGGGUGUCAGUCACUUGAAUGGCUGGGGUAUUGAGCAAGAUAGAGCCCUCGCUCUGCGUUGUUUCGAAAUUGCUGGUCAGUGGGGUGAUGUCGACGCCAUGGCCGAAGCUGGUUUCUGCUACGCGGAAGGUGUUGGUUGUAAGAAGGAUAUGAUGAAGGCUGCACGGUUCUACCGCCAGGCUGAGUCCAACGGCAUGAGCAUGGUCGGUAACAGCUGGAUCUAUAAAGACAAAUACAUGGGCGACGAGGCCAAAGGAUCUCGCUCGCGCGGGCGAACUGUCAGCAGUGAUAAGAAGAACCCGCGCAGUAAAUCCCGCACCCGCAGUAUCUUCCAACGGAAGAAGUCUGUCCCUGAGCCAUAG